CUGGGGUAUGGCCGUCAAUGUGUACUCCACAUCCGUGACCAGUGAGAAUCUGAGUCGCCAUGAUAUGCUUGCGUGGGUCAAUGACUCCCUGCACCUCAACUAUACCAAGAUAGAACAGCUCUGUUCAGGGGCAGCCUACUGCCAGUUCAUGGACAUGCUCUUCCCUGGCUGCGUGCACCUGAGGAAGGUGAAGUUCCAGGCCAAGCUAGAGCACGAGUACAUCCAGAACUUCAAGGUGCUGCAAGCCGCUUUUAAGAAGAUGGGUGUUGACAAAAUAAUUCCUGUAGAGAAAUUAGUGAAAGGAAAAUUCCAAGAUAAUUUUGAGUUUAUUCAGUGGUUUAAGAAAUUCUUUGACGCAAACUAUGAUGGAAAGGAAUACAACCCUCUGCUGGCGCGGCAGGGCCAGGACGUAGCGCCACCUCCUAACCCAGGUGAUCAGAUCUUCAACAAAUCCAAGAAACUCAUUGGCACAGCAGUUCCACAGAGGACGUCCCCCACAGGCCCCAAAAACAUGCAGACCUCCGGCCGGCUGAGCAACGUGGCCCCACCCUGCAUCCUCCGGAAGAAUCCCCCAUCGGCCCGAAACGGUGGCCAUGAGACUGAUGCCCAAAUUCUUGAACUUAACCAGCAGCUAUUGGAUUUGAAGCUGACCGUGGAUGGGCUGGAGAAGGAGCGUGACUUCUACUUCAGCAAACUCCGGGACAUCGAGCUCAUCUGCCAGGAACACGAGAGCGAGAACAGCCCCGUCAUCGCGGGCAUCAUUGGCAUUCUCUAUGCCACCGAGGAAGGCUUUGCACCCCCUGAGGACGACGAGAUUGAGGAACACCAACAAGAAGAACAGGACGAGUACUGAGGGCGGCUCCAGCCCUGGCUGACUGCACGCCCCCUACCCCACGCCCACCCCCACAUUAUAAUCCUUUCCUUAGAGCGUCGGCCGGGUGCUUUGUGUCAGUGCCGCAGCAUUGGGGAGUCAGGCGAGGGGGCUGGAGGGGUUGGGGCAGAUGGGCAGGCAGAGGCCCGCACUGGCCAGUGGGUGGGACCCCUGCCCAUUCCCCACCCCUAUUUAUUUCCGUUGUCUCUAUGCUGUUUCGGCCAACACUUCCCAGGGUGCUGUGCCACCCGCCCCCGCCAGCCGCCUGCUCCCCUGACAGCCAGCAGCUGUAUAUUUGACAAAGUCAUUGGUAUAUUUUUACUUACUGGAUUUUCCUUGCACUUUACCUGUUCUUUUCCCAGGGCUCACAGCACGGGCUCCAGGGCAGUGUGCCUGGCUUGGCUUCCCUUCCCCAUUGCCGGGCCAUGGCAGGACUCACAAUUCUUAUUUAUUUUGUCUUUUGACUCCCCAGUAGUUGAGGGAAGGCUGAUGUCAGGAGAGGGAGAGGGGGACUGAGGAGAGGGUGCCUUAGGCCUCGGUGGUCAGGGAGAGGGAGGGGAGCAUGCGAGGGAUGAAAAUGACCCCCUGGCACCAGACUCACCCACCCUGGGCCCCUUUCCCCAGCCCCAAAGCCCAACACUGCCCCGAGGCCCCCAGCCACUCCCUCCGCAGCCCGUUCAUACCACACAGACUCUGCCCUGACCCUCCUGUACGUCUGCCUCCCAUCCCCCCACCUCCCCACCCCUGCCUCCUUGGGCCACCCAGCCUGUGUAUGUGUUCACUUUUAUUUAAAUAAACUUGUGUGGUAAAAGUCCA